AUGCCCAGUCCCGCCGACCUCGUUGGCAGGCCGUUCAGGUCAGAGGACUGGACUGUCAUGGACAUCAAGAACCUUGAACGCAUGCGCAUCGGGCGUGCUGCCAAGGAUGUCCAGGAAGUUGGUGUCAUUCUGAGGCCAUCUGGACAGUCUCGACUCCUUACCAAGCUCCGCAACACCGUGGGAACGCAGACGCUAGUGGCCGAUGCCACUGGCCACACUCAGGCGGCAGACCAUGUCGACACUGCUGCUCUGCAAGAUGAAGUCAAGCGGCUUCGCGUGGCUCUUGACAAGGCUGUCAAGAUCAACGAGAAGAUGUGGAACGGUGUUGUGGACCUGAAGCUCGCCGCAUAG